AUGGCCCCCGAAAAGCGGAACAAGUUCCUCGAGGCGGAAGACAGCGACGACGACCUCGACCAGGGCUACGACUCCGAGGCUGAGGAGCUGCGCAAGGGAGGCCGCAGCGCCAAGAGACGCAAGGUCGACAGCGAGGACGAGGACGAUUUCAGCGACGAGGAGCGCGAGGCCCCCGAGACAGGCGACGGCGCCUCGGCCGACGAAGACGACGAUGCAGACGAGGACGCGGAAGCCUCGACCUCGAGCAAGAAAAAGUCAAAACCCAGCACGGCCGUGGACCUCCCAGACGUCUCCAAACCCCUCACGAAAAAGAACCUGGUCGCGACGGAGGAGGCCGUCAAGAAGUCGGGCGUCGUCUACAUCUCGCGCAUCCCGCCCUUUAUGAAGCCGCAGAAGCUGCGGUCCCUGCUCGAGCCCUACGGCAAGAUCAACCGCAUCUUCCUCGCGCCCGAGGACCCCACUGCGCACGCGCGGCGCGUCAAGAAUGGCGGCAACAAGAAGAAGUCGUACACGGAGGGCUGGGUCGAGUUCCUGCGCAAGCGCGACGCCAAGGCCGUGUGCGAGCUGCUCAACGCGCGCACCAUUGGCGGCAAGAAGGGCAGCUACUACCACGACGACAUCUGGACGCUCAAGUACCUCAAGGGGUUCAAGUGGCGCCACCUGACGGAGCAGAUCUCGGCCGAGAACGCCGAGCGGACGAGCAGGAUGCGGGCCGAGAUCAGCAAGGCCAGCAAGGAGAACAAGGAGUUUGUGCGCAACGUCGAGAGGGCGAGGGUGCUGGACGGCAUCGCGGCGACGAAGGCAAAGCGCAGCGGGAAGCAGGGGGCCGAAGCGGCGGCGGCGGACGGGGAGGGGGUUGCCCCGGCCGCGGGCGACGGGGUGCUGGACAAGAGGCGGACGGUGUUCAAGCAGAUACCGCUGGCGGACAGGAAGAGCGACGCUUCAUCAGGUGGCAAACCGGCCGGGGAUGUGGCGCGGGUGCUCGGGAAGAUUUUCUGA